UCCAAAUAAACGAAUAAAAUAUAUUUUUAUUAAUUUAAAAUAAUGCCAACUUUUAAAAAAUCAAAUUACCGUAAUCCCACACGUCCAUCGAUACAGGAGAUCAGACUGAAUAUGCCUCGAAAUAAGUCCAAUACGAGUGCGGUUGAAGAAGUCUUAAAAAAUAAUGGAAAAACAAGCAAAACCACAAAACUUCCCGCCAAAGCCUCAAACGAGAAUUGUGUAUCGACACAGAAUUUAUCAAAAGAUAAACGAGCUUCUUCCAACUUUUCGGGCAUACAUGGCGAUGACCGUGCAAAGCCCUACAUCAACGUACCGAUCAUUCAACUACGUUUAUCGGAGGAAGAAUCCACAGCGUCCACACCACCGCCCAAACAACGCGGCUACGAUUUCACCAGCUCUACGAAUUCACAUUUUGAAGGUUUGCUCGUAGCAGCGCCCAAAAAAUUUAAACGUGCCUAUUCGAGUACACCAAGUUCGUCGAAACGCAAGAGCAGCUCACUCAGCAUACAAACUACACCACCAAAAAGGGAAGUAGAUGAAAAGGUUGUGACCUCACAGGAAAUGAUUGACACACAACACAAGGAAUCGGGCGCAAAACAUAUGGCUCUUCAUGGAGCAGAAUGGAAGAAACCAUGUCGUGAGAGUGUUGUGGCCGGUGCACCAAAACCCUUUGUCGGCACAUGUCCAUUAAAUUUUGAAGAAUUCGCCAAACUCUCACGUACACGACAAAAAUUCUUUCUCACACAGGAUCCACGCAAGAAGUAUUGUUUAGUAAAUCCCCAGGCGCUGCGUACGAAAGCAUUUUCCGAAAAACGUGAAUUCAAUAUAUUAACAAAAACGGUCAAAUAUGCGGACAAUGUUUGCGGUGAGACACAGUCGCAAUCAUCAGAGUCAUUUAUUUGCGAUCAAAUCGAUUUGGAUAAUCCAAUGCAGUUGGACUUUCAAGGUGUCGACUAUAAAGAAACCUAUCAGGCUGAUGAGCAGGACAUACAAAAUCAAAGUCUAUAUCGUAGCAUCAUGCGCUACAUGGAGAGGCGACGCGUCAAACAAGAGACCGCGGAUAAGGUUGAGGAAGAACUGCAAAAUGAACGGCUUGCAGUGCCGCAAUGCUUUGAUGUGCCAGAUCGCAUACAACACGACAUAGUACCAACGCCUAAGUCGCCACUGCCAUUUUGUAAGCUGUUCCGUGCAGUUGACAAGCCUUAUAAUCAAAAGAAAAUAGACGAGGAAGCCCAUGAACGACGCAACCGUUAUAAGGAUCUUUAUUUAGAGCGCAAAAAACUCGCGGAGGAAGCAGAGACCGUAAAAAAGGUGCAAGACAAAGUCGAUGAGGAGCUGAAGCCGACAGUGUUGGCAAGGAAUCACUUUGCAGAAGUACUAAAUACCAUUAACACAGCGUGUGACCCACAGAUAAAGAUGGAGCGUUUGCUGCGUAAACCGUCGGAGCCGACACCACCUUUUCCGCAUACGAUGCGUGAAACUAAGCAAUUCAAAAAGAAAAUGAAAGCUGAAAAUCGCAUUAAAUGUGACAAUGCGCUUGUUAAACAGGAUUAUUACUUGCGGACUUUCGGUAAAUUUAAAGACUAUCCCGAAGCAAAGCUCGAGCUGAGCAGCGAUACGCCGAAACAUAGCAAUGAGAGUCCCGAACUGAGCGAACAGUCGAGCGAUGAUGAGGAUGACAUCGAAGUCGGCAAGCGUGGUAGUAAAUUUAAAUUGCGCGGUUUCCACUUCAAGUUGGCCAAGUCGCUGCGUGGCAAACGACAUCAAACUGAAAAAACCGGCGGUGCAGGUAAAGUAAAAACUUGUGAAACACGUGAGGAAUGGUUGGCAGAGCUGGUGCCAAAAAAGGAGGCAGUCAAAAUGGAUAUCGAAGAGGGCAUACCCAAGCUACGUGGACCCGACGAUCCGUUGCUUAAGAUUUUCCUGCCACAAUUCGGCUAUAAGUUACCGCAAAUAAAGAGUAGCGCCGUGCGCGACUACAUCGAAAAGCGGCUGGGCCGUCAUUAUGAUCGGGAUUUACGUAAAAAGUUCAAAAUGGUACGACCACGACUUGAGUAUUCCAUCAAGAAGUUCAAUUUAAUACAUUUUCUUUAUCGCGACAAAACAAAAGAUUUGGGUCUCUUUAAAGCACAACACACAAUGGAGGAUGAUAAAAUCGAUUUGAUGAAGCUGAAUACCACGCUUGAGUAUAUGGCGGCCAAAGAGAACAUGAUUAAACAACAGAAGGCGAAAAUCAAAGCAAAGCGUCUCAAAUUGCUGGGUAUACCCUGUCAUGAGGAGAAGAAGUCAAGCCUGCAAACCAAAUGCGAGCAAUCCGAUACGAGCACAGACUCCGAAUGGGUGCCAACGCCCGAACCGGAACUAAUCGAUCAGGAAGAGGAGAACGAGCGCGCGCGGCAGGCGAAAAGUUUUGCGCUACCGUUGCCCUUGCGUGGUAACAUGCCUGCGCCGAAAUACCGCGAAACCACCAUACGUCGCCAUCCGCGUAAACCUCGCGACUAUUUGAACGAACGCGUACCUUCCCUGCUGUUCGACCAAACCGUUGCCGCAAAGCAUAAGCCGCAUUUGCUAAAAUUAAAGGGUGAUGAUAUGAAUUUCAGUAAUUUACGUGAAGUGCAAAAACGUGAAUAUGCGAAAAUCUUCGAAGCGCGUCAUCACCACGACCACUGGGAUCAUACGCAACAGAAACCGGUGGACGUGCAUUAUCAGGCCAAAAUCGUCAAGGCGGCAGCGAUGAAGGCCAAAACCAAAGAGGAUCAUAUUAUUAUGGAAAAUUUUCGUAUGGCACAACCGCCGUGCAACCAAUUCGUUGAGAUGGAUUUGACUAUAUCUAAAUGGGACACGAAGGAGUUGAUAGCGGACUAUAUGCAUAAGACACGAAACAAUGUAACUACCGAUAAGACGCUCCGCAUCAAGGAUAAGUGUCAAUCGCGAGAAUUUACUUUUCACAGCCGACCACCGACCGAAUUAGAUGCAUUAGACUAUCCAGGCCGUAAGGAAUAUUUGGAUUUUUUACAUGAGGUGCGUAGGGCGCUUUACGAAACCAAAGCAAAUGAAGAAGCUAGUCAAAAGCUUGCUGUCGAUCGUGAAGAAAUCAUACAAGAGAUAGAAGAGGACCUGAAAAGUAUUGAAUCCUGCUUAACAUCGCUCAGUAGCUCGGUAUGCACGAAUCUAACAAAUGACAGUGGCAGUUUUCUGCUAAUGGAGGGUAAAACGAAAAUUCCACUCGACUACAUACGUAAAUCGGUUGUGCCGUUCGAGUCCUUGAACCGUUGCCGUUUCAAAUUGGAGCCGCUCGAUAUCGAGGCUGAGGAAAAUAAUCCUUUUAAGGUGCUACCAUUUACGGGGCAAGGCAAGGAUCAGCAUGAUCUGAGUAUAGUUAAAGAUAAUUUUUUUACAUUUAACACACGUCUACAAAAUGGCUUACGUUUGCGUCUCGAAGUACCAGUGGAGGAUGUGCGACAGAAGCUGAUUGGUCGCGGUGCGCAUAGGUAUCGCAGUGUUGUAACGACAGAUAUCGAUGAGAACUAUGUGGACGAAUUGAAAAACCGUCCGCCUGUGAAGAUGUUCAGUUUCAAGACGGGUAGCUCGUUUAUUAAGGACGCUUUGCGUUUAAAAUUCGAAUCUAUGCUCAUACAAGGUCAAAUAGUGCGUACGAAAAUAUACGAUCGUCUCAACGAACACCAUUGGGAGAAUAUGAUGCGUAUAAAGUUGUUGUAUGAGAAAUUGUUUGCAAAGUGGGAGAAACGUGAAUAUGAAGCGGCGAUGUCGGUGGUACAUAAGGUUAAGUCCUAUUACGACCGUACCGAUGCCUUGAAACGCGAGUUUCGGGAAUUGGAACGUCAACAGAUCGUAUUGAAUAUGGACAUCGUGUUUAUUGAAGGCCAUUGGAUACGUCGCAUCAUGUUGCAAAACUUUCACUAUCUACUUGGUGACUCCGAGUGGCGUUACGAGAACGAUUGGAUACAUCGUAUUAAAAAGGUCACGGAGCGUGGCUCCGAGUGCGACGAAGAGGAGGAGGAGGAGGAUGGAGAGGAUAAAGAGCAUGAGGAGUACGGCGAAGAUGAGAAGACUGGAGAAGAAGGUGGUUGUGAAAAGAUAACGAUUGAAUUAGAGAAUUUCGAGGAAUCCAUAGCAAAACGGAACUCUGUAAAUAUACGUAAGCGUGAUAAAGAUGACGCUUGGGCAAUUAAGAGCUAUUACGAAGAUGUUUAUAUGAAGAAUUUACAUCCUUUAUUGAUGGUAUUUCCCGAUGCUGAUAGUUUUAUGAGAGGCAUAGAAAAUUUAAAAAUCAAAACCUUCGUUCUGCUGCUGGAAAUGCACUUCACGCUCUCCAUACAUACAGAGCUGCAGAGUCGUUUGGAAACUUUUGAAGAGUGGUGUCUGGAGGAUUUGAGGGAAAAGCAAUCAUAUGUUUCGCGUAAAUGUGCAAAAUUAUAUUUUAUGUCUGAUCGUGCAGCGGAAAUGAAGAUGCGUACCUUCGACUUUUUGUCGCAGCCCGUCGAAAGCUCAUUCAAUGAUGAGACUUUUAUCAAACAUCGUGCAGUCAUUGGGGAGGUGUGGCGUGAGAUUGUGCCGGCAAAUAUGCGUACUGGAAGUGGGGAUGAUCUUGAACCAAUGGAAAUGGUUGCCAUGAUCUCAGAGGUGGCGAUGGAGUUGAUAUCCAAGUUUGAAUCAAUACCUGUGGAUGAAUGUCGUCGUAUUGAGGCGCAGUUACGACGCCGACGUGCCUACGACCGUAAGAUCUCUCGACAAGCGUAUCAGGUGGAAAAGCGUAUUGAGAGUGAAAUGAAAAAGGUUCGUCGCAAUUUGGAGCCACCGUAUGUAAAACCGAAACGUACAGGCAAACUGCCACGCUACAUAAUUAAAAGGAAACCUAAGAAAAUCUCCUUCAAGGAGCAGCGUGUCACGGAGCACACUAAAUUUUUCUUUCGUGCCUUCCAUGAUGAGGGCGAUGUUAUGCAAUUGCACGAUGCACGCGACAGUAUUGGUAUUAUGGACACCAUUCAAGAGCAAAUUGUACCAUUCUAUUUCGACCAUUUCCUUAAACUUAACGGCUAUACACCAAAUUAUAAUUUUAAAACAAAUGCAGAAUUACGCGAUGGACCGGAAAUUUCACGUGCAGCGAUACGUUCAGUUCUGCCAGAUAUAUUAGAGAAACUUGACAAAUGGGAGCUUAUACGUAAACGUGUUAUGGAAGACAAUAUACAGCGCAAUCCCAGAAUGUAUGAGAAUGUGCAAUUUUGAAUUGUUGUCAUUCAUACACGGAUAUUUACAAAUAAUUUGCUAAAUAUUAAUAUUUUCCAAUAAACUUUUUA